CUGUCUUUCUCUCACUAUUAGACUUUUCACCUCAGACGAAGUUUCGAAUUUCCCAAAUCCGGAGCAGAAGGCAAGUUCGAAUCGAGGAGCGAUGGCCCGUACCAAGCAGACCGCCCGCAAGUCCACCGGCGGCAAGGCCCCCAGGAAGCAGCUCGCCACCAAGGCGGCUAGGAAGUCUGCGCCGACGACCGGCGGAGUGAAGAAGCCCCACCGCUACAGGCCCGGGACGGUGGCGCUCCGUGAGAUCCGCAAGUACCAGAAGAGCACGGAGCUCCUGAUCCGCAAGCUCCCCUUCCAGCGCCUGGUCCGUGAGAUCGCCCAGGACUUCAAGACCGACCUCCGGUUCCAGAGCCACGCCGUGCUGGCGCUCCAGGAGGCGGCGGAAGCCUACCUCGUCGGGCUCUUCGAGGACACCAACCUCUGCGCCAUCCACGCCAAGCGCGUCACCAUCAUGCCCAAGGACAUCCAGCUCGCCCGCCGCAUCCGUGGCGAGCGUGCUUAAGCAGUACUCUCACCGCCCAAGAUCUCCUUAGCCAGUCGGGAUUGGGAUCAAUUCGUCACCGGCCAAGUUUGUUGAUCCCCUUCCCGGUUUAGUACCUAAUUGCUUUGUUAGCCCUGGUUUAUGUGUAACAGAAUAGGGGUUGGUAUAAGACUUUCUGUAUUCUGUUUGCGAUCCAGCAAACAUAUGUCGAAGACUAUUUGGUAUUGUUCGCAAAUUGUUAUGAAGUAAUUGCGUCUAUUAUGUGAUUGAUGAUUCUAGCCUUACUUGCUGUAA